GUUUACUUCAGUAUUUUAUUUUUGGGUUUUUAGUACUGGCUGAAAGCUCCAUUGUUAUGGAUUAUGAGUGAUGAUUCUGGAUUGAACCCUACACUUGUUUUGGGCUUUUUGUGGUCACCUCGUUGAUGGAGGAUUCAUCUACAGGACGUUUUUACUCUGCUGCAGUUGAAUCGGAGUUAACAUGGGACAAACGUCUUAAACUUGAAGAGCUCCAGUGUGAGCUGUGAAGAAGAUAAGGAAGCUGAGGGAGGAUUGACUGACAGAGCUGCCACCUUGCCGGAGACGCUGCAAGACGGAGCAGUGACACAACAGAGCAAAGCAUCAUAUAUCUUGGCUCCAAUGCAUUUGUGACGACCCUGAGGUGUGCCUCAUCUUACCUGCACAGGCGUGGGUCAAGAAGAUUGCAGAAACACAGAACUUUCAUCUUAAAUGAGGAUUGGCCUUUAGUCAGAGUUUAAUCGGAUAUUUGUUCAAUAAAUCCACGUCCCACAUCUUCUAGCAUGGGUACACGAGGCGUUCUGGGCUGCCUCCUCCUGACUGCUUUGCUCAGCUUAUCAUAUGCCGGGCUUGUGAAUAACAUCCUCCGGCAUCGACGACAGACUCUGGAAUCCCCUAAAAAAGGACAUAACAUCACGCUCCCCAGUGCGGACCAUCCUGUAGUUUUUAAUCACGUCUAUAACAUCAAUGUUCCUGCCAGUUCCCUCUGCUCGGUGGAUCUGGACGCUCCAGAGAGUACGGCGCUCCAUCCUAAAAAUGAAGCAGUCGUUUCAGGCCAUCCAGGGACUGAGCACACAGUCAAUGGGGAGAACCAGAUCGUCUUCACCCACCGCAUCAACAUACCACGCCGGGCCUGCGGCUGUUCUGAAGACAUGCCCGGCCUGAAAGAACUCUUAAACCGACUGGAAAUGCUUGAGGGAGAGGUUUCAACACUCAGAGAUCAGUGUGGCAGUUCGCAGGUCACAGGUAAGUUGGGAACCAAACCCUACUGCAGUGGUCAUGGGAACUACAGCACUGAAAGCUGUGGCUGUAUAUGCGAGCCGGGCUGGAAACCACCCAAUUGCUCUGAACCCGAAUGCUCUAAUAACUGCCAGGACCGGGGCCGCUGCGUUGAUGGAAAGUGUGUGUGCUUCAAGGGCUUCACCAGAAAGGAUUGCACACUUGACGACUGCCCUCUGGAUUGCGGUACAUACGGCCAGUGUGUGGGUGGUGAAUGCAUCUGCUCCUAUGGUUAUUCUGGCGAAGACUGCUCUCAAACCAAGUGCCUCAACAACUGCCGCAGCCGCGGCCGCUGUGAAGACGGAGACUGCGUUUGUGAUGAACCCUGGUAUGGCCCUGACUGCUCUGAACUCAUCUGCCCCAAAGACUGCUAUGACCGUGGAAGCUGCGUGAAUGGCACCUGCUACUGCGUAGAGGGGUACGCCGGUGAGGACUGUGGAGAGCGUACCUGUCCCAACAACUGCCACGGUAAUGGUUACUGCGUAGAUGGCAAAUGCGUGUGCGCUGCCGGCUUCAACGGAGAGGACUGCUCUCGGGUUAUAUGCCUCAACGAGUGUAAUGACAGAGGUACGUGCUUCAACGGGUUGUGUAUCUGCGACGUGGGCUAUCAAGGCGCAGACUGCAGCCAGUUAGCGUGCCUCAACAACUGUAACAACAGAGGCCAGUGCAUAAACGGGCAAUGUGACUGCGAUGUUGGUUUCCAGGGAGAUGAUUGCUCAGAGCUCUCCUGUCCAAACGACUGCCAGCACAGGGGACGCUGUGUGAACGGCCAGUGUGUGUGCGAGGAGGGCUUCGUUGGUGAGGACUGCAGCAUCAGGACCUGCCCCUCAAACUGCUACGGCCGCGGAGAGUGUAUCAAGGGACGUUGUGUGUGUCAUUCAGGCUUCACUGGUGAGGACUGUGCUGAGCUUAGCUGCCCUAACAAUUGCCAGAACCGUGGCGGCUGCAUCGAUGGGCAAUGUGUUUGUGACGAAGGCUUCAGUGGGGAGGACUGCGGUCAGAAAGCUUGUCCCAACGACUGCCUGGCCCGGGGUUACUGCGUCGACGGCAAGUGCAUCUGUCAGGAAGGCUACUCUGGAGACGACUGCUCUGUGCAAGCCUGCCCAGGAGACUGCAACAACAGGGGACGCUGUAUCAAUGGAAAGUGCACGUGUGAGGCUGGAUAUGAAGGGGAAAGCUGCGCGGACCUUAGCUGCCCCAACAACUGCCAGGACAAAGGUCGCUGUGAGAACGGUCAGUGCGUCUGUGAUGAGGGAUACAUCGGAGAAGACUGCUCAGAAGUGUCUCCUCCGAAGGACCUUACUGUAGGCGAGGUCACCCCUGAAACGGUGGACCUGAACUGGGAAAACGAGAUGCUGGUGACAGAGUACCUUGUGACGUACGUGCCCACCAAACCUGGCGGUCUUCAACAGGAGUUCACUGUGCCAGGAGACAAAACUACUGCCACCGUCAAAGAGCUUGAGCCUGGCAUCGAGUAUCUGAUCAGUGUCUACGCUGUUCUAAGCAACAAGAAGAGCGUCCCCGUCAGUGCGAGGGUGGCCACAGCGCUUCCAAAGCCAGAGGGUUUAAUCUUCAAAUCGGUGAGAGAGAGCUCUGUGGAGGUGAUGUGGGACCAGGUGGACAUCUCCUUUGAUGGUUGGGAGAUCUAUUUCCGCAAUACGAAAGAAGAAAAUGGGAAAACAGUGAGCACCCUUCCACCUGACCAAAACCAGUUUAUCCAGACAGGACUUGGUCCAGGACAGGAGUAUGAAGUCUCUGUUAACAUCAUCAAGAACAACACCAGAGGACCCCAAACAUCAGAAAAAGUCACGACCAAGAUUGACGGCCCCUGGCAGGUGGAGGUGAAGGACGUGACGGACUCCUCUGCUCUGGUCAGCUGGUCUCUGCCCGUUGCUCCGAUGGAUAGACUCACCUUAGCUUACAGGCCCAGCUCUGAGCCUUCACAAGAGGCCGUUGUAGGGGUUUCCAUCCCAGAAACUCAGUACAGCAUCGACAGCCUGCAGCCAGACACCGAGUACACCGUGUCGCUCAUCUCCAGGAGCAGAAACGUCUCCAGUGACCCUGUCAUCGCCACAUUCACUACAGCCCUGGAUGCACCCAAGCACCUGAAGGCUGUGUCACAGACAGACGACAGCAUCACACUGCAGUGGACCAACAGUCAGGCUGAUGUUGGCAACUUUUUGGUGAAAUACACUCCCCUCUCUGGAGACACUCAUGGGGAGGAACUGUUUCCUCGAGGGCCAGGAGACACCACAAAAGCUACCAUCACCAGGCUGAAGCCAGGGACGGAGUACGGGAUCGGUGUGACGGCUGUGAAGGAUGAGAGAGAGAGCCUCCCUGCUACUACAAAUGCAGCAACUGAUAUCGAUCCUCCCAGAGAUUUGAAAGAAGUCGAGUCAACAGAGACCUCCCUCUCGCUGAGCUGGCAGAAACCCCAGGCCAAGGUCGGUGCCUACAGGCUGGUGUACGUCUCCAGGGAUGGGGAGGUUAACGAGGUGGAGAUCCCGCCCACUGAGACCAGCCAUGUCAUGUACAACCUGACUCCUGGAAUGAGCUACACCAUCACUUUAGCCGCAGAGAGGGGGCUCAAGAGGAGCACACCGGUCACACUAUCUGCAACUACAGCCCCCGAGCCCACCUCUCCAGAUGUUCUAAUGUUGAGCUUCAAAGAUGCUCCAACAACUGCUCUGGAUACUGAAGCAGUUCAAAACCCAGAUCCCCUCCGUCCCCUAAACACCUCUGAUACUGGUGACAUGAGCUCUGGGGCUGAGCCUCAGAGCUCCACCCUGGACGUAUUGAGGGGCAUCACAGUCAAUGUCUCCUCCACCAGCGUAAGCCUGGCUUGGUCGGCGCCUGACGAGGCUUUUGAAAGCUUUUUGGUGGAGCUCAGAGCUCCAUCAGGGGCAUCAAACGCUCAUGUGUCCACACUACCAGGAAGUGUGAGAAAAGCUGAAAUAGAGGGAUUGUCCCCCUCCACAAAAUACAAUAUUACAAUUCAAGGGCUGGUGGAAAGGGAGCGGUCUUUACCUCUCACAGUGUUUGCUACUACAGAGGAACUGAAGCCCAUGGUGGUGAACCUCACCAUCUCUGACAUUACAUGGGACGGCUUCACUGCGUCCUGGAGCCCCAUGGGGGGGGGAUUUGAAAGCUUUGUCAUUGAGGUAACAAACUUGGAGAAUUUCGAACAGAGCCAGAACCUCAGUCUGUCUGGAGAUGCUUUCAGCCUGGGCCUCUCCGGGCUCAAUCCCAACACCAGCUACAUGGUUGGCCUGUUCGGGAUGUAUCAGGGCUCCUUCCUUGAACCGUUGUACACUGAAGCCACCACAGUGAAUCUACCAGUGCUUGGAAAACUUUAUAUUUCAAACUUAACGUCAGAGAGCUUUUCAAUCUCCUGGAAUGGCACUGAUGGCAAAUUUGAUGGUUAUAUCCUGGAGAUAAUUGAUUCUGAUUGGCUAACGGAGCCAAAGGAAUAUAACAUUUCCCACAAUGCAAAGUCCCAUGACGUCAAAGGGCUCAGGCCCACUACUGACUAUGUAGCCUACUUCUAUGGGACGUACAAGGGAUCCCGAACAAGUGCUGUCAGUAUUGUUGCAUCAACAGCUGAACAGCCUGAUUUGUCCAGGCUAGUUGUUUCUAACAUUACCUCAGACAGAUUUUCUCUGUCGUGGCGGACAGGAGAGAAGUCUUUUGAUAACUUUAUAGUAGAAGUCAGAGAGUCUGCUUUGCCCUCGCAGGCAAUGGGGCGCGCUCUGCCCGGAGACGUGCACUCCACAGUCAUGGCCGGGCUCAAAGCGAGCACAAGCUACAACAUAAAGCUGUACGCCAGCGCUGGGGGCCAGAACACACAGCCCCUGUUUGAAGUAACGACAACAGAGGACAUCCCACUGUUGGGGCCCCUAGCUGCUUCAUCUGUGAGCCCGCAUAACCUCAGCCUGUCCUGGAGCACUGUGUCAGGUCACUUUGAUGGCUUUGUUAUCCGGGUCAGUGACCCCGAGCAGCAGUCUGAUACACUGGAGUUCAGACUGCCUGGUGAAGCCCGUAACAUUACGGUUUCUAACCUGAUGGAUGCCACGGGCUAUGAUAUUGAACUGUACGGUAUCUCUCAUGGGCGCCACACUCCCACUGUAUUAACCCACGCUGCCACAGCACCUUUGCCUAGAGUGGAAAACUUGACCAUUUCCAAGAUCACCCCCUACGGCUUCCGUGUGUCGUGGGAGGUGAAGCAGCAGCAGCAGCAGGAGGAAUUAGCCCCCUCUAGUGGCGGCUUCACACAUUUUCAAAUAGUGGUGACAGACUCCGGCUGGCUGCUGGAGCCUCAGGAGUUCACUGUGCCGGCAAACCAAAGUCACCUGGACAUCUGGGGCCUCAUCACCGGCAUAGGCUAUGAGGUCAGGCUGACCGGGGUGUCAGAGUCAGGGCUUCUCUCUCGGCCUCUCACGACAGUGGCUGUGACAGAGGCUGAGCCGGAGGUGGAGCAUCUCUUUGUCUCGGACGCCACGGCUGAAGGUUUCCGUCUGUCAUGGACGUCUGAUGAAGACUUAUUUGACAGAUUUGUGAUCAAAAUAAGAGACAGCAAAAGAUUAGCCCACCCUCACGAGUACAGUGUCCGCGGUGACGAACGGACCAAAGUUUUAACUGGACUCUUGAGUGGCACCGAGUAUGAAAUUGAGCUUUACGGUGUCACAUUGGAUCGACGCUCACAACCUAUUUUCGGGGUUGCUCAGACAGGCCUCAGUACUCCAAACGGACUGAGCUUUUCUGAAGUGAUGGACUCAUCAGCUAUGGUCCACUGGUCCAUGCCUCGCUCUCCAGUGGAUGGCUACAGAAUCACCUACAUGCCCUUUGAAGGAGGAAGCCCGCUGAUGGUGACUGUGGAUGGCGACGUGUUUGAGGCUUUGCUGCCCAAUAUGAGUCCUGGCAGAAAGUACCAGGUGACUGUGAGUGCUGUGAAGGGCCUGGAGGAAAGUGACCCCAGCACUGACACUGUCAUCACAGCUCUGGACAGACCUCAGGGCCUGACUGCAGCUAAUGUCACUGACACGUCCGCCCUACUGCUAUGGCAACCGUCUGUCGCCACCGUGGAUGGCUACAUCAUUACUUACAGUGCUGACUCGGUGUCCCCCAUGGUGGAGCAUGUUUCUGGGAACACGGUGGAGUUUGAGAUGGGCUCCCUGGUUCCGGCAACCCACUACACAGUUGGAGUUCACGCUAUGGGAGACGCGCAGAAGAGUGACUCCGCUGUUACUGAAUUCACCACCGAUGUGGAUCCUCCUCGUGAUCUGAAGGCUAUUAACAUCCAAACUGACGGAGCGACCCUCACAUGGAAACCUCCGCAGGCUGCAGUGACUGGUUACACACUCACCUUUGACUCUGCUGAUGGAGUUAUCAGGGAAGUGGUGCUCAGCCCGACAGCGUCCUCUUAUAACAUGGCUCAGCUCACCGGCUCAACAGAGUACAAUGUGAAACUUCAGGCCAUCGCUGGACCCCAGAGGAGUCGUCAUGUGACCACCGUCUUCACUACCAUUGGACAGUUGUACAGACACCCUAAAGACUGCGCUCAGAUUUUACUGAACGGAGAGGCAACCUCUGGGCUGUACACCAUCAGCGUGGGAGGAGAGGAGAGCCAGCCCAUCCAGGUUUACUGUGACAUGACCACAGAAGGAGGAGGAUGGAUGGUUUUCCUCAGACGGCAGAAUGGAAAGCUGGAGUUCUUCAGGAACUGGAAGAACUACACGGCUGGCUUCGGAAACAUGAACGAUGAGUUCUGGCUGGGUCUUUCCAACCUUCAUAAAAUCACAAAUUCUGGCCAUUAUGAGCUGCGAGUGGACAUGAGGGAUGAAGGAGAAACAGCCUACGCUCUGUACGACAAGUUCACCCUUGCAGAACCAAGAACCCGCUACAAAGUCUACAUAGGAGCGUAUAGUGGAACAGCAGGGGAUUCCAUGACCUACCACCAGGGUCGACCUUUCUCCACCUACGACAACGAUAACGAUAUUGCUGUCACCAACUGCGCCUUGUCCUACAAAGGAGCCUUCUGGUAUAAAAACUGUCAUCGUGUCAACCUCAUGGGGAAAUACGGUGAUCUCAGUCACAGUAAGGGGAUCAACUGGUUCCACUGGAAGGGCCACGAACACUCAAUUGAAUUUGCAGAGAUGAAGAUUAGGCCGGCUAACUUCAGAAAUUUGGAGAACAGAAAAAAAAGAUCAUAGACUUAUGUGAACCCCCUCCUCAUCUACACCUCAUCUCCACCACCCCCAUCAGUCAGAAAUAAAAAUGUUUAAUAAAAUACUCACAAAACAAAAGACACUCACACUGAAUGUAAUUUAAUUUUGGCUGCCAGACAUGAACAAGGCUCUUCCACCAAAGAAGCAAACUGUCUCAGCCAUCCCAAACCGGCACUGUUGUGUAUGUUUAUGUAUAUUUGAAGGCAGCGCUGAGUUUGAUGAGUGUGAACGGACAUACAGCACAUGUGUUAUUGGGACCAAACAUCUGUAGUGAGGAAUCCAUUGUGACAUUGUGUAAAUUCAUCCACUGAUCAGCAACAUGUCAAAGGCACAUAGUCAGAAUCACACCCCCUAAAGAGACAACAAGUGAAAUACAUGUUGAAACUGUUAAAUCGGAGGUAUCCACCAGGAUAAAUUAAGACAAUGAUGCAUCAUAUUGCAUCUACUGAAAACAAAUGAAAUGUUCUGUAUUUACUGUAAAACCAAGAGACCAUUUGGAGACCACUAAUGCCACUGAAUUCAUAUUUAAAUUUUGAUAGAAAGAUGCUCUGUAACCUUCAAUAAAAAUGAUAGUUUGAUAAAA